GGUGCGCCCGCUCUUCACGUGUCCCUCCCGGUCCCGUGGCCGCCUCACGAUCUGCUUCCGCCCGACUCCUCCGACUUCCGGUAAAGAGUCCCAAUCCCGCACCUCCGUGCCCACCCGGCGACUCGGCGCACGCUGUCUCCGAUGCGCUCAGCAGCCGCAGCUCCUCAGAGUCCCGCGGCGGCCACCGAGCCUCGCCGCUUCGCCGCAGCUAGGUGGCCGGGGCGGCGCUCGCUCCCGCGACCGGCACGGCGAAGCGGGCGGGGCGGCGGCGGCGCCGUACCGGGCCCGUAUCCUUCCGCCGCCCCUCCCCCGCCCGGCCCUGGCCCCCCUCCCUCCCAGCAGCGCUCGCCUCCCUCCGCCUCAGACUGUUUUGGUAGCAACGGCAACGGCGGCGGCGCAUCCCGGUCCGGCUUCCGGCGGUUCCUCGGUCUCGGCGGGCCUCCCCGCCCCUUCUUCGUCCUCCUUUUCCCCCUCGUCAGCCCGGGCGCCCCCUCGGCCGCGCCAACCCGCGCCUCCUCGCUCGGCGCUCUCGCGUCCCCGCCGCGCUCCGGCGACUCCUCGGCGCGCCCGGCUCCCGGCUGUCCCCGCCCGGCGUGCGAGCCGGUGUAUGGGCCCCUCACCAUGUCGUUGAAACCCCAGCAGCAGCAGCCACAGCAGCAGCCACAGCAGCAGCAGCAGCAGCAGCCACAGCCGCAGCCGCCUGCGGCCGCCAAUGUCCGCAAGCCCGGCGGCAGCGGCCUUCUCGCGUCGCCCGCCGUCGCGCCUUCGCCGUCCUCGUCCUCUGUCUCCUCGUCCUCGGCCACAGCUCCCUCUUCCUCGGCGGCCGCGGCGACCGCCGGCAGCGGGAGGCCCGGCCUGGGCAGAGGUCGAAACAGUAACAAAGGAUUGCCUCAGUCUACGAUUUCUUUUGAUGGAAUCUAUGCAAAUAUGAGGAUGGUUCAUAUACUUACAUCAGUUGUUGGCUCCAAAUGUGAAGUACAGGUGAAAAAUGGAGGUAUAUAUGAAGGAGUUUUCAAAACAUACAGUCCUAAGUGUGAUUUGGUACUUGAUGCUGCACAUGAGAAAAGUACAGAAUCCAGUUCGGGGCCAAAACGUGAAGAAAUAAUGGAGAGUAUUUUGUUCAAAUGUUCAGACUUUGUUGUGGUACAGUUUAAAGAUAUGGACUCCAGUUAUGCAAAAAGAGAUGCUUUUACUGACUCUGCUAUCAGUGCUAAAGUGAAUGGUGAACACAAAGAGAAGGACCUGGAGCCCUGGGAUGCAGGUGAACUCACAGCCAAUGAGGAACUUGAGGCUUUGGAAAAUGAUGUAUCUAAUGGAUGGGAUCCCAAUGAUAUGUUUCGAUAUAAUGAAGAAAAUUAUGGUGUAGUGUCUACGUAUGAUAGCAGUUUAUCUUCGUAUACGGUGCCCUUAGAAAGAGAUAACUCAGAAGAAUUUUUAAAACGGGAAGCAAGGGCAAACCAGUUAGCCGAGGAAAUUGAGUCAAGUGCCCAGUACAAAGCUCGAGUGGCCCUGGAAAAUGAUGAUAGGAGUGAGGAAGAAAAAUACACAGCAGUUCAGAGAAAUUCCAGUGAACGUGAGGGGCACAGCAUAAACACUAGGGAAAAUAAAUAUAUACCUCCUGGACAAAGAAAUAGAGAUGUCAUAUCCUGGGGAAGUGGGAGACAGAAUUCACCGCGUAUGGGCCAGCCUGGAUCGGGCUCCAUGCCAUCAAGAUCCACUUCACACACUUCAGAUUUCAACCCGAAUUCUGGUUCAGACCAAAGAGUAGUUAAUGGAGGUGUUCCCUGGCCAUCGCCUUGCCCAUCUCCUUCCUCUCGCCCACCUUCUCGCUACCAGUCAGGUCCCAACUCUCUUCCACCUCGGGCAGCCACCCCUACACGGCCGCCCUCCAGGCCCCCCUCGCGGCCAUCCAGACCCCCGUCUCACCCCUCUGCUCAUGGUUCUCCAGCUCCUGUCUCUACUAUGCCUAAACGCAUGUCUUCAGAAGGGCCUCCAAGGAUGUCCCCAAAGGCCCAGCGACAUCCUCGAAAUCACAGAGUUUCUGCUGGGAGGGGUUCCAUAUCCAGUGGCCUAGAAUUUGUAUCCCACAACCCACCCAGUGAAGCAGCUACUCCUCCAGUAGCAAGGACCAGUCCCUCGGGGGGAACGUGGUCAUCAGUGGUCAGUGGGGUUCCAAGAUUAUCCCCUAAAACUCACAGACCCAGGUCUCCUAGACAGAACAGUAUUGGAAAUACCCCCAGUGGGCCAGUUCUUGCUUCUCCCCAAGCUGGUAUUAUUCCAACUGAAGCUGUUGCCAUGCCUAUUCCAGCUGCAUCUCCUACGCCUGCUAGUCCUGCAUCAAACAGAGCUGUUACCCCUUCUGGUGAGGCUAAAGAUUCCAGGCUUCAAGAUCAGAGGCAGAACUCUCCUGCAGGGAAUAAAGAAAAUAUUAAGCCCAAUGAAACAUCACCUAGCUUCUCAAAAGCUGAAAAUAAAGGUAUAUCACCAAUUGUUUCUGAACAUAGAAAACAGAUUGAUGAUUUAAAGAAAUUUAAAAAUGAUUUUAGGUUACAGCCAAGUUCUACUUCUGAAUCUAUGGAUCAACUACUAAACAAAAAUAGAGAGGGAGAAAAACCAAGAGAUUUGAUCAAAGACAAAAUUGAACCAAAUGCUAAGGAUUCUUUCAGUGAAAAUAGCAGCAGCAACUGUACCAGUGGCAGCAGCAAGCCGAAUAGCCCCAGCAUUUCCCCUUCAAUACUUAGUAACACGGAGCACAAGAGGGGACCUGAGGUCACUUCCCAAGGGGUUCAGACUUCCAGUCCAGCUUGUAAACAAGAGAAAGAUGAUAAGGAAGAGAAGAAAGACGCAGCUGAGCAAGUUCGGAAAUCAACAUUGAAUCCCAAUGCAAAGGAGUUCAACCCACGUUCCUUCUCUCAGCCAAAGCCUUCUACUACCCCAACUUCACCUCGGCCUCAAGCACAACCUAGCCCAUCUAUGGUGGGUCAUCAACAGCCAACUCCGGUUUAUACUCAGCCUGUUUGUUUUGCACCAAAUAUGAUGUAUCCAGUCCCAGUGAGCCCAGGCGUGCAACCUUUAUACCCAAUACCCAUGACGCCCAUGCCAGUGAAUCAAGCCAAGACAUAUAGAGCAGGUAAAGUUAAAUACCUAGAAUUGGAAUUGCUGAGGUAUGUACCAAAUAUGCCCCAGCAGCGGCAAGACCAGCAUCAUCAGAGUGCCAUGAUGCACCCAGCGUCAGCAGCAGGCCCACCAAUUGCAGCCACUCCACCAGCUUACUCCACGCAAUAUGUUGCCUACAGUCCUCAGCAGUUCCCAAAUCAGCCCCUUGUUCAGCAUGUGCCACAUUAUCAGUCUCAGCAUCCUCAUGUCUAUAGUCCUGUAAUACAGGGUAAUGCUAGAAUGAUGGCACCACCAACACAUGCCCAGCCUGGUUUAGUAUCUUCUUCAGCAACUCAGUACGGGGCUCAUGAGCAGACGCAUGCGAUGUAUGCAUGUCCCAAAUUACCAUACAACAAGGAGACAAGCCCUUCUUUCUACUUUGCCAUUUCCACGGGCUCCCUUGCUCAGCAGUAUGCGCACCCUAACGCUACCCUGCACCCACAUACUCCACACCCUCAGCCUUCAGCUACCCCCACUGGACAGCAGCAAAGCCAACAUGGUGGAAGUCAUCCUGCACCCAGUCCUGUUCAGCACCAUCAGCACCAGGCCGCCCAGGCUCUCCAUCUGGCCAGUCCACAGCAGCAGUCAGCCAUUUACCACGCGGGGCUUGCGCCAACCCCACCCUCCAUGACACCUGCCUCCAACACACAGUCGCCACAGAAUAGUUUCCCAGCAGCACAGCAGACCGUCUUUACGAUCCAUCCUUCUCAUGUUCAGCCGGCGUAUACCAAUCCACCCCACAUGGCCCACGUACCUCAGUGCGCCAGUGAGGCUCUGGCAAGGUGUGGGCUAGAGAUGCGACUCAGUUGGAUCUAUCUCUCAGAAGGCUACCUUGUAAGUAGAGUUCCACAGCUCUGGGAAGUUUGGGCGUCCUCACCCUGCAAAGUUUAGGUUCUGUGGUGUAGCGCACUGCAGUUGAUUUGCUUUUUGAUGGGGAGGGAAGCCGGUUUGGUCCGUGUGGGCCAGCGUGGUUUGGUGGAGUCAGCUUCAUAUGAGCUGGGGUCCUGUAAGUGUCUAGCAGAGGCUGGUGGCUAAGUAGGCAUGUGAAUUUACAUGUAAGUCAGGGAUCCCUAAAACCUCACUACAUUUUUUGUGCUGAACGGUCAAAAAGGUUAAUACAAGGAAGCUCAAAUAUCCCAUGUGCCCAUUUGAAUAUAUGAGAGUAAAAAUGGCAUUUCAUCCAAGGCUUAUCAUGCUCUAGAACAGUGUACAGUGUGGAACAAAGGAAAGGGCUCUUCCUGGUCCUGCCAACCCCUGCAGAGCUGAAAUCCAGCUGUUUGGGCUGACUAAAAUUACUUCUCCAACAAGUGAGACCAGGUCGAACUUACUACUGCUUGGUACAGAAACACUGGGCUGGCCCAGAUGAUUUCAGAUUACUCCUUUCCAUCUCACUGGAGCCAUUAAACUGCAACUCCUCCUCCUCCUCUUGCUCCAUUAGCAUAUCUCUGAGAGAGUCAUGGGGGCUUAAGAGUCUGUUUUCACUGCCUGGUGAGCAGGCCAGAAGCAGAGGGAGAGAGGCAAAUGAAGAGAGGUCCAAGUAAUCCACAUACUGGACUGUGAGUCUCUGCUUAUUCAUGUAGUAAUCUGCUUUUCUAUUUGAAAGGGAUGUUAUUUGCAAAACUACCUGAGGCCCCACAUGGCAGCCUGAUUCUAAAGCGUCUUGCAUCUUGUAUGAUAUUGAGAAAGCUGUCCUUGGAUCAGGAGUCUAAUCUUUGUGAAGACCUUACCCUAUACGUAGAAUACAAUGAUCAGAAAUGUCGAGGGCUAGGACAGCACAGCCCUGACUUUUACCCAGGCUCACUUGGUGCCUGUUCCCUGACCCUUGCAGGAUCUGCCCAAAGGUGAAGCACAUCUUUAGGUCAAUAGAUAGUCCACUAGAGAGUGUCCCUGAGAACAGAACUGGGCCCUGAGGCCCACCGUUGCCCUUUCCUGAGAGUCCCAGCCCAGUGAAAGGAACGCAGUUGACAUGUUGUUUAAGCCGAUGUUGCCUGUAUGCGUAAAAGAGCUCUCUGUUUCAGGCUCAUGUACAGUCAGGAAUGGUUCCUUCUCAUCCAACUGCCCAUGCGCCAAUGAUGCUAAUGACGACACAGCCACCCGGCGGUCCCCAGGCCGCCCUCGCUCAAAGUGCACUACAGCCCAUUCCAGUCUCGACAACAGCGCAUUUCCCCUAUAUGACGCACCCUUCAGGUGAGGCGUGUGUGUGCAGGGGCCGCCGGGGCACCCCAAAGCAUUCUGCUCGCACAGGUAGAAUGGUAGGCAGGGCCAGUGCUUCAAGCCCCGCAUUUGAGAACUAGCAAGACCUGAUCAGGAGUGUGCACAGGAGGGACUGUGAUGAUCAGUUCAGUGUCAGGGCCUGAGGCUUCCGGGAGCCGAGUCUGUGUGUGUUCUGCUGGUAUACAGGAUUUGGCUUGAUGAGAAGCAGCAGCAGCAGCAUUCUGUGUAGCUGAUGCAUGCCUAGGACUCAGUUGGCCUUCUUUGUUACCAUAGGCUGGACAGGGCAGUGUUUUUCUUCCUGAGUCCCAAAAGUCUGACAUGUGGGGGGUUAUUACUAUGGCAGAGUUUGAUUGUAGCUCUGGAGAAGAUACUGCUGAGAAAGUGCUGUGGAUGGACUGGCUUUGAGUGUAGCGUUGGCCCCAGCCUAUGCCCUGACGGGGGGAGAGAGCCCUGUGAUUGUGCUCUACUACUUGAUGGGUGCCAUGGUGAUACUUCACAGUCUGACCUGUUAUUCUGAAAGCAAUACUGGUGCUUGAUUAAUAUUUGGGGAGGGGGGUUGUUAAGGCCUUUUUUUCUACCCUAGGAACAGAUCUUUUGGGAGUUUUAUCUGAAGUGGUUUUACGUCUGACCGGUUUGUUUCUACCCACCUACCCACCCCUCCCCGCUUUGGUACAGUUGGGAGGGGGGAAAAAUGAAUUCAAUUUUGAGUCUUGUUCAGCUAGCACAAGUAUAGUUUACAAUCAUGUGCUGCAGAGACACUAGGCUGAUGUGUGGUGUUACCAGUUUUCUGUUUCAAUGUUCGCUUUUCUUUUUACAGUACAAGCCCACCACCAACAGCAGUUGUAAGGCUGCCCUGGAGGAACCGAAAGGCCAAAUUCCCUCCUCCCUCCUACUGCUUCUACCAACUGGAAGCACAGAAAACUAGAAUUUCAUUUAUUUUGUUUUUAAAAUAUAUAUGUUGAUUUCUUGUAACAUCCAAUAGGAAUGCUAACAGUUCACUUGCAGUGGAAGAUACUUGGACCGAGUAGAGGCAUUUAGGAACUUGGGGCUAUUCCAUAAUUCCAUACGCUGUUUCAAAGUCCCGCAGGUACCCCAGCUCUGCUUGCCGAAACUGGAAGUUAUUUAUUUUUUAAUAACCCUUGAAAGUCAUGAACACAUCAGCUAGCAACAGAAGUAACAAGAGUGAUUCUUGCUGCUAUUACUGCUAAAAAAAAAAAAAAAAAAAAAAAAAAAAAAAAUCAAGACUUGGAACGCCCUUUUACUAAACUUGACAAAGGUUCAGUAAAUUCUUACCGUCAAACUGACGGAUUAUUAUUUAUAAAUCAAGUUUGAUGAGGUGAUCACUGUCUACAGUGGUUCAACUUUUAAGUUAAGGGAAAACUUUUACUUUGUAGAUAAUAUAAAAUAAAAACUAAAAAAAAAAUUAAAAAAUAAAAAAAGUUUUAAAAACUGA